UAUUAGCACUUCGUAGAGAAAAAUGACGUAUGGAGAGCCAUUCGUCAUUAUUUACAACUACGAUGGCAUCCCCGCCAAGAGUGGGUUUAGAUUAUUGUCAAAAGCUGCCUAAAAUCGAGUUACAUGCUCACAUCAAUGGAAGCAUUAGUCCUUCAACACUUGAAAAACUUGCAGAAAAUUCCUUGUCAUCGUCAGAUAAAAACAUAAAGGAAACCUUCAAUGAAAUACACAGAUGGAGAACCUUGGUGGAAAGACGUGAAAGGCAGACAUUGAGUGGAUGUUUCCAAACAUUUAAACUAAUCCACAAAUUGGCUAAAGAUGUCAAGGCUGUUUCCAUGGUAACUUCUGAUGUCAUAAAGGAAUUUGCCAGCGAUGGUGUAAAGUAUGUUGAACUCCGGAGCACACCUAGAGAUGAUCCUGCAAAUGGAUUGACCAAAAAGCUGUACAUUGACGCUGUACUGAAUGGAAUAGAGAAAUGUGAAAGAGACAGGAUUGAUACAAUAGUGAAGUUUCUACCAUCCAUUGAUAGAAGGAUGAGCUUAGAGGAUGCGGGAGAGGUUGUUAAUCUUGCAUUGGAAUAUCAUUCCUCAACAGACAAGUGUGUUGGAUUAGAUCUCAGUGGUGAUCCAAAGUAUGGUGAUGUCAAGGCACUAGUCCCACUGCUCCAGAGGGCCAGAAAUCAUGGCUUAAAACUUGCAAUUCAUACUGCCGAGCACCCAGACAGUGUUGAAGAAAGUCGUAUUCUUCUCGAUGUACCUCCUGAUCGUAUCGGACAUGGGACAUACCUUCACCCCGAGGUUGGAGGCGACCAAAGCUUGGUGAACUCGGUUGUACGAUCAAAUAUUCCCAUAGAGAUGUGCAUGACAUCAAAUCUUAUUGGUGGAGUUGUGGAGACGCCAUCUUCUCAUCAUUUACAGUAUUGGAGGAACAAAAAUCAUCCAUGUGUUAUAUGCACGGAUGAUAAAGGUGUUUUCUCAACAAGUCUUUCAGAGGAAUACUUACUUGCUGCUAAUACUUUCAAUCUAUCUCACCGAGAUAUCUGGGAUAUGUCUCAAAAGGCGAUUGAGUUUAUUUUUGGGGGAGAAGAUUUGAAAAGACGCUUACGAACCACUUGGUCCAAAGAGAAAGAUAAAAUUGGAUGUAUUCAGACUGGAGCGCUCAACGGAUCAUGCCCUUGAGUUCAUCUUGUUUAAAGAUUAACGCAAUUGAACAAUCAUUGUUAAUGGAACAAAAUGAAAUGCUGUUUAAACUGAGUAAAUCAUGAGGUUAGAUGGAAUCUUGGUUAAGAUGCUGCAUGACGUCAUACUGUAUCAUACAAAAAAGUGAGUAGAAUCGUAGGUAUUCUGUGGAAUCAACCGC